AUGGACGCAGGACCUCACCGUAAUCCCACAAGGUCAUUCUCUUGCUAUCCUUACUCUGUCCACCCUCUUGCCUGGUUUUCACGUUUUGAAAAUCCCAAAUACUUUGGGUUCAGCUCGAUCCUCUCAAACUCUCACUCUCUUCACGAGAAACACUCUAUUUUACACCUAACCUCUCACUACCACACCAUUUGUUGCUCAAAAGUCCAGAGCUUCAUACCCAAAAUCUCCUUUUAUGCAGUUCCAGUAGAGCAAAAGUUGCUUCAGAUUCGUCGUUCCCGAUCAAUGUCUGCGUUAUCCUUACCUCUUCUCGCCCUCGCUCAUGGAUUGAAGCCCUCAUUCCCUCCAUUUUCAGCUCCCUUAAGGAAGGCAAUAAGGAAGCUUCCGGUACUCCAUAACGCCGGUCAUGGAGCGAAGCCGGCGCGGGCCUCCGCCGGCGAAGCCGCGCCGGCGGGUGCCGCCGCCGUCGAACCCGCCCCGGCGGUUGCCGUUGAGAAUUCUGAUUCCGACGAGUCCACUCUCUUCGUGAUCCGUGCCCGCACCCGGAUCGGUCUCCUCCAGGUUGUCGCCAGGGUCUUCGGCGUCCUCGGGCUGCGAAUCGACAGGGCUAGCGUGGAAUUCGAGGGAGACUUCUUCGUCAAGAAGUUCUUCGUCACCGAUUCGCGCGGAAAAAAGAUCGACGACGCGGAGAGCUUGGAGAGGAUCAGGAGUGCUCUGAUUGAGGCGAUCGACGGCGACGGUGAUGUCUCGGUGGGCCCGGCGACGAGAGGCGUGGUGGUGAGGAGGUUAGGGUUGGGAACGGGGUCGGAGGAGCGGAGAGCCAAGGCGGAGAGGAUGUUUGAGAUGAUGGAUAGGUUUCUGAAGAAUGAUCCGAUUAGCCUUCAGAAGGAUAUUCUCAAUCACGUCGAAUAUACCGUCGCGAGAUCACGCUUUAAUUUCGACGAUUUUGAAGCUUAUCAGGGUUUGUCACAUUGUGUGAGAGAUAGGUUAAUUGAACGUUGGCAUGAUACUCAACUUCACUUCAAGAGGAAAGAUCCUAAGCGCAUAUACUUCCUCUCACUCGAGUAUCUUAUGGGUCGGUCCUUAUCAAAUAGUGUCAUCAACCUUGGUAUCCGGGAUGAAUGUGCAGAGGCUUUAAGCCAGCUUGGCUUUGAAUUUGAAGUUCUGGCAGAGCAGGAAGGAGAUGCUGCCCUUGGCAAUGGUGGCCUUGCUCGUCUUUCAGCAUGCCAAAUUGAUUCUCUCGCAACUAUGGAUUAUCCUGCGUGGGGUUAUGGACUUAGGUACCAGUAUGGUUUAUUUCGUCAGAUAAUAUUGGACGGGUUCCAACAUGAACAACCUGACCACUGGUUAAACUUUGGAAAUCCUUGGGAGAUAGAGCGAAUUCAUGUAACUUAUCCAGUGAAGUUCUAUGGAGCUGUUGAAGAGGAAUUUUUGAAUGAGGGAACACGUAAAGUUUGGGUUCCUGGAGAGAUGGUUGAAGCUGUAGCUUAUGACAAUCCUAUACCUGGUUAUGGAACAAGGAAUACCAUUACUCUACGAUUAUGGGCUGCUAAACCAAGUGAUCAUCAUGAUAUGGAGUCUUUUAAUACUGGAGAUUACAUCAAUGCUGUGGUCAAUAGGCAGAAAGCAGAAACAAUAAGUAGUGUUUUGUAUCCCGACGAUCGUUCUUAUCAGGGGAAAGAACUUCGAUUGAAACAACAAUAUUUCUUUGUCUCGGCGUCCAUACAGGACAUAAUUCGAAGAUUCAAAGAUUCUCAUGAUAACUUUGAUGUGUUUCCAGAGAAGGUUGCUUUACAGUUGAAUGAUACUCAUCCAUCACUUGCAAUAGCUGAAGUCAUGAGAGUUCUUGUUGACGAAGAGAACAUUGAUUGGGACAGAGCAUGGGACAUUGUAUGCAAGAUCUUCUCAUUUACAACACACACAGUAGUAGCUGAGGGGCUGGAGAAAAUCCCUGUCGAUUUACUUGGCAGUCUACUACCACGCCAUUUACAAAUUAUAUAUGACAUUAACUUCAACUUUGUGGACGAAUUGAAGAAGAAGAUAGGUUUGGAUUACGAUCGACUGUCCCGGAUGUCAAUUGUUGAGGAAGGUGCUGUGAAGAGUAUUCGGUCGGCAAACCUCUCCAUUGUUUGUUCCCAUACCAUCAAUGGUGUUUCAAGUGUACAUUUUGAGUUAUUAAAGACGAAAGUGUUCAAGGACUUCUAUGAGCUGUGGCCUCAGAAAUUUCAGUAUAAGACGAAUGGUGUAUCGCAGCGAAGAUGGAUUGUGGUAAGCAAUCCCAGUCUUUGUGCCCUUAUCUCAAAAUGGCUUGGAACUGAAGCUUGGAUCCGCAAUUCUGACCUUCUGACUGGUCUUCGAGAGCAUGCAGCAGAUACUAAUCUACAACAAGAAUGGCAGAUGGUUAGGAAGGUUAAUAAAAUGAGGCUUGCAGAAUACAUUGAAGCAAUGAGUGGCUUAAAGGUCAGCCUAGAUGCAAUGUUUGAUGUACAGAUAAAGCGAAUACACGAGUACAAAAGACAGUUACUUAAUAUACUCACCAUCAUCCAUCGAUAUGACUGUAUCAAGAAUAUGAAGGAGAGUGACAGGAGGAAGGUUGUGCCUCGAGUCUGCAUACUUGGAGGGAAAGCCGCUCCCGGAUAUGAGAUUGCAAAGAAGAUUAUUAAACUUUGUCAUGCUGUUGCAGAAAAAAUUAACGACGACAGUGAUAUUGGAGAUCUUCUAAAGCUGGUGUUUAUUCCCGAUUACAAUGUUUCUGUUGCUGAAUUGGUAAUACCAGGGGCUGACCUUUCUCAGCACAUAAGCACUGCAGGGCAUGAGGCCUCGGGAACUGGUAGCAUGAAAUUUGCUAUGAAUGGAUGUCUACUCUUAGCUACAGCUGAUGGUUCAACAGUAGAAAUCAUUGAAGAAAUUGGGGCAGAAAAUAUGUUUUUGUUUGGCGCAAAGGUGAAUGAAGUUCCAGCAUUACGUGAGAAAUUUUCUGACGUUAAAGUGAAUCUGCAAUUUGCACGUGUAGUGAGAAUGGUUCGGGAUGGUUACUUUGGCUUUCAAGACUAUUUCAAGUCACUAUGUGAUUCUGUGGAGGGUGGUAAUGACUUCUAUCUCCUCGGAUCCGAUUUUGAAAGCUAUCUAAAGGCGCAGGCUGCUGCGGAUAAAGCCUUUGUUGAUAAAGAGAAAUGGACUCGGAUGAGCAUUCUUAGCACUGCUGGUUCUGGGAGAUUUAGCAGUGACAGAACAAUCGAAGAGUAUGCAGAGAAGAGUUGGGGAAUUGAGCCGUGCCGGUGCCCUUUCUGAAAACAAGCUUACCCCUUAGAUGGAACAAUCAAUAAGUUUAAACCAUCCUUUCCUAAUUAAACAUAACUAGUGAACAAUCAAUAAGUUUAAACCAUCCUUUCCUAAUUAACAUAACUAGUUCGGAUGUAUCAGUACUUCUGGCAAAGAGAAAAUUCACAGGGCCUUUUAUCAUAGUUAUGUAGUGUUAAUGGUGGAACUAUCAUCAGGCUGCCCUAGUUUAGGACCUGUACACGACUGUCCUUGUAAUUUCAGAUGUACUGCUGAAAUCUUGAAAUGAUAGAUAAUUCUCCUUUUUUUUUUU